AUGUUUAAUCGAGGGGAGAGAAUAUCAUCAUUAGGUGGUAACAACGGCAAUAAUUUAAGUAGUGGUAAUAAUGGUAUAACACCGUCUAAGAGAAAUGUCUAUGCUGCGCCAAGCAAUGCUGGAGGAAGUAGCACGAGUAAUAAUAGUAAUAAUGUGAAUCUAAAACUGGAUUUGGCCGAAGAACAGAAACUAGAGAUUAGAGAAGCGUUUCAAUUGUUUGAUAUGAACGGGGAUGGGUCAUUGGACUAUCAUGAAACAAAAGUAGCGUUUCGAGCUCUUGGGUUCGAGUUGACAAAACGUGAAGUCUUGGACAUUAUUCAUGAAUACGAUACAGAUGACACGAAUUUAUUGACAUACGACAAUUUUUACAAAACAGUUGGAGAAAUGAUUUUGAAAAGAGACCCACUCGACGAGAUCCGUCGUGCGUUUAAAUUAUUCGACGUGGAUGGCACCGGUAAGAUAAGCGUGAGAAACUUGAGAAAAAUAUCAAGAGAUUUGGGUGAAAAUUUGAGUGAUGAGGAACUACAGGCUAUGAUUGAUGAAUUUGAUUUAGAUGAAGAUGGUGAAAACAUCGACAAAUUACCCAAGAAUCUUCAGAAACAUUUCUUGAAAUCGCAAGAUGCUACGGCGUUACCAACAUUCAAAGGUUUCUUUCCUGACAAAGUUCCUAAAUCGCAACAAAAGACUCGGUUUGAGGCUGGUAUUAUGGAAGGAGAUUUGGCUUUUGUAACAGAGGGUCCACAUAAGGGUAAAAUUGUUGAGGUGUUGACAUAUACACCGGAGUUUGAUUCUGUGUCACUAAGCAAUGUUUCAACCAAAAAGCUAAUGCCGAAACCAUUUUGGCCUGAGGGACAUACGUCGCAUGUUUUUGACUUUCCCGAUUAUGUGCCACGGAGUAAGGUGAGAGUUGUUGGUAAGGAGAAAGACGAUAGCGGGAAAGUGUCUUAUGUUGUAGCCGAAAAUGUCACGCUUGGUGAGCUAUACUAUGACGAGAGAUUCAAGGAAUGGAUACCUCGCAGGUACAUCAAGAAUCACGACUAUGAGUUGCCUUGGCCGGAACCGUCAAAGAUUGAAGAUGGUGAAUUGUCAACUCCGCCAGCUACUGUAAUUGAAAAAACUUUUGCUUUUGACACAAUUGGAAAAUCAACAAUACCCAAGAAAUUAGUGAAUCAGUUGAGAAAUCCGUAUAGUAAAUUUAAAAGAAGAGCACUCGAUGGCUUACAAGUAGCCAAGCUCAAUGGGCCCGUGAUGCCCUUGACUGUGGAACAGAAAAUUUGGUUGGCAAAACAAGCUUCUAAACCGGAAAAGAAAUUGUACCCAUUAUCUGAGGAAAUCCAAGAUUUCAUUGGAUCUAAAAUGGCACAACAUUUGAACAAGAUUGAAAGUCCAGAGUUGCGUAUGCAUUUGGAAGCUUUGUCGAAUAAAAAAUGCCGCGACUUUGAGAAAACAUUACAAAUAAUACAAAGAACGGCAGAGGAAGAGUCAAGUAAGAAUGAGAAUCAAAAUUAA